AUGUCUCAAUCAGUUCCGGGCAUUUACAUGUUUGGAGACUCACUGGUGGAUGUCGGAAACAACAACCGUCUGCCCAUUUCCCUUCUUAAGGCUAGUUUCCCUCACAACGGUAUCGAUUAUCCUACUGGAAAAGCUACAGGCCGAUUCAGCAAUGGAAAAAAUGCUGCUGACUUUCUUGCCGAAAAGGUAGGAUUGCCGACAGGGCCGCCAUAUCUAUCAUUGUUGUCAAUUGGAAGAAAGUUGGGCAAAGCCCCUGUCACUGGAGUUAGUUUUGCGUCAGGAGGUGCUGGGAUUCUUAACGAAACUAACAAACUAUUUAAACAAACAAUUUCAUUGACACAACAAGUAGAGUACUACUCUUUGGUUCGUGACCAACUGGUUCAACAACUGGGUUCAACUCAGGCCCGAGCCCACUUCACCAAAUCCUUAUUUAUGAUUGUGAUCGGAAGCAAUGAUCUCUUUGCCUAUUUCAAAAAAGACUCAAAAAUCUCAAAGCAAUACACCCCAAAACAAUAUGUUGAUCGCAUGGCAGCCACCCUUGACCAACUCAUGAAGAGAUUGUAUGGUUUGGGGGCACGCAAAUUUGUGGUAACCGGAGUUGGAAUGACCGGUUGUUGCCCUGCUUUUAGGAAGCAAAACCCUGGUAAUGAAUGCAAUACACACUCGAAUCAUUGGGCUACAAAGUACAACGAUGGUCUGAAGAUUUUGCUUAGGAAGUUGAAGUUAGAAUCAUCGGAUAUCAAUUAUUCAUACUUUGAUAUUUAUGCUGCUAUGAGUGAUCUCAUCAAAAAUCCUCAAACUUACGGAAUUAGGGAGAUUAAAGAAGCUUGUUGUGGACUUGGAAAGCUGAAAGCCGACAUCCCCUGCACCCCAGUUUCAACCUAUUGUUCCAACAGAAGCGACUAUCUUUUCUGGGAUCUCUACCAUCCAACGGAAAUCGUGUCGAAAACAUUUGCUGACCUUCUGUACAGUGGAUCAAUACAAGUUGCCCAUCCAUUGAAUGUUGCACAACUUGUUCGUUUGUAG